UCUUUCCCCAAAAUGUUUUUGCAUUGCGUAGAAUGACAAAAGUGGAUAUCAAGAAUUACCUUGAGAAAAUAUACAACGUGCCAGUAGCUGCUGUGAGAACAAGGAUACAGUAUGGUGCAAAUAACAAGAGGAAUCACAAGAAUCAGAGAGUGAAAAAGCCAGAUUACAAGGUCGCCUAUGUACAACUGGGCCAAGGACAAACCUUUCAGUUUCCCAACCUAUUUCCAGAGAAAGAACAAGACACAGAAACUCGCUCUUUUGAUGACUUCAGGAAUAAAUAUAUGGAGAAAGAGAAGCAGAGGGAGAAAGGUGACCCCAGACGAGGUGGAGUCCCCGAUUGGUUUGGACUUUGAUGCAACAAGCCAGCUGCGUUUCUUUAGGCUCAGAGGGAUUUUGAUCAGCAGAACUUGCAGUCCUCCCUUCUUGUAAUGACUGAAUGUUUAUUCUUGAGCAGCCCUUGCUAGAGUGUCUUUUUUUUCUGGUUGUUUGUGCACAACUACGACAAAAUGGCCCUAAAGAAAUAAAAAGGUAAAAUAAA